AUGAGUAUCAGUACACUGGCAACGUCGGACGAAAGAUUUGGCGCCCAUCUUGCUCGCUCGAUUCCUGCUGCAAAGGGAAUUGACCUUAACCUUGUUAUCGCCGCCGCUCUUUUCAAUUUUCAGAUCACCGUCAUUGCUGUGGACAGUACUUUCCAACGUGCUACGCCAGGUUUGUCACUAUUAAAGACAGCGCGAACCUUUGACAACCCCAAUCAACAAAAAUUCCUUGCCGAUACAAUCCGCGAACGAUUUCGAUUUCAUAAACACGAGAGCUCACGCCCACGAGUACUGCGAUUACUUCACGAGGGUAAUGAGGCAUUAAGAAUACUGGAAGAGGCGCCCUUAAAUACAGUAUACAUGGAACGUGUCAAUGCGCUGGCGCAUGCGGAGGCUGGUCCUUUAAAACACUCGGUGCAAAAGUUGAACAAGCGUGCAGUGGCUGCCAUGGAUCUUCGAUCACAGGAAUCGAAGCGACGUAACCAUGGCAUUGGCGACCGCAUCCAUGGUACUAAAACUGUAUAUGAAUUGGCGCGCAUCCCCGAACAACUUCCUGCUUCUGGGCGACCAGGAGAGAAACCCCGCAAAGCACCCAAAAUGACGAAGCGGAAGCCGUAUCAAAUCGUGCACACCGUUACGGCACAAGGCUUCACGUUCAAACGACUACGUGGAUGGCGGCAACCUGUACAAACUGCCAUGAUGAUUAAGGCUAGAGUGAAGAAGUUACAAGAAUGGAUGGACAAGGAUCAAUAUUUGAAGUCGAUGCUUGAUAUUCUCAAGCAUGAGCAAGUGUUUUACGAUGGCUUGGGAGUUAGCGACGAUCAGCACGAAUAUGGCAAGUAUUCAGUGUCAGAGAAGAAAGCCCCAGAAGCUAUUCCAUUAAAAGGUGCCAUUGGUGCCACACCUGAACAAGAGGAGCACCUUCAAAAGAUCGUCAACCAAUUCACCAUCACACCAAAGUAUCUCGAACAGAUCUGCACUCACUUCAUAUCAGAAAUGAAAAAAGGUCUCGGCGAGGAAGGCCAGACACUUGCCAUGAUUCCAUCAUACGUAGAAGGCCGCUUGACAGGCCAGGAAAAGGGUCAUUUCCUUGCGCUCGACUUGGGGGGAACGAAUCUUCGAGUGGUUUUGGUCACUUUAGAAGGCAAUGGAAAGUACAAGACCAAGUCUUCAAAGUCACGAGUGACAGAAGAGCUCAAAACAGGCCCUAUGCGGAAUUUAUGCGACUACAUUGCCGAUUGCGUCGAUGAAUUUCUUACUGAAGAAGGAUUGAGCCAUGAAGAAACAGCUUUAAAUUUGGGUUACACGUUUUCUUUCCCUGUUCUCCAAUCCAAGAUCAAUCGUGGUAUACUGAAAUCAUGGACCAAAGGCUUCAACUGUUCCGGUGCAGUUGGCAAAGACCCUGUCAUGCUACUACAAGAUGCUCUUCUCCGCAAAAACGUACCCGUCAAAGUCGCAGCGCUAGUCAACGACGCCGUUGGUACACUCCUUUCAAACGCUUACCAAAAGCCAGAAACAACUAUUGGUCUCAUUCUCGGCACAGGCUCCAAUGGUGGCUACAUUGAACAAAUGAAAAACAUUGGCAAAUGGAAAGGCGGCAAAACAACGAGUCCCGAAAUGAUAAUCAAUAUGGAGUUUGGUGCAUUCGAUAACGAACGCAGGGUGCUUCCAGUGACACCGUUUGACAACAAGGUAGAUCGCCAGUCGAUUAACCCAAACGGCCAGAUUUUCGAAAAGAUGGUGUCGGGCAUGUAUCUUGGCGAGGUGACACGCAACGUUUUGCUGGACAUGGUCGAUCGCGAGCUGUUGUUUGGCCCACACGACGGAAACUACGAUUGCAAGUCGUGGUCCAAGGAAUUAUCCGGUCAUUAUGCUUUUGAAACUUCGCACAUGUCAUGUAUUGAAGGAGAUGGCACGUCGAAUUUGUCACGAACAAGUGAGGUGCUUGAUCUCAAUCUGAAUUUGCACGGUAUCACCACAGUGGAAGGCAAGAUCAUCAAAAAGGUAUGCGAGGUUGUCGGCACACGCGCGGCGCAUUUGGCAGGAGCGGCCAUCGCGGCCAUCGUCCGCCAUUGUGAAAUCUCGCCAGAGGAAGGAACAGACGUGGGCAUUGAUGGAUCGCUGUACGAAUUCUAUCCUUCGUUCGAAAGCCGGAUCUAUGAUGCAUUGGCUAUUUUGUUGCCGGAGCACAAGGACGUUCGAAAAACCGUGCGGUUGAGUCUGGCCAAGGACGGGAGCGGUGUUGGUGCUGCACUAACAGCUUGUGUAGCAGCGCAGAUGGAGAACCGUAAAAAGGGUACUAUCGCAUGA